AUGUAUGGCCCGCUCGGAGCUGUCCCGUCUGAUCAUGCAGUCAACGCCCGAUCGUCUUUCCAGCACGUCCCAACUUCCUACUCACCACCGGCAUAUGACUAUACCUGUCCCUCACAGCUCGAUCCAGAAUCAGAUGUAUCUGAGAAUGAGCCAGAUCAAUCGUCUAACGACGAUCCACAAGUCAAAACAGAAGCCAAAAACUACAUUGACCCUGUUGAUGUUAUCCUCAACGAAAUCCGAAGAUUACACAUGGCAGAUGUUCAGCUAAAGAAAGAACUGAUAACGGGGCUUGAAAGCCAGUGUGCCAUGUACUCGCAGUCCCUGAGUGUUGUCCAGGGGCAGCUGAGCCAAGCAAACAAGUUGAUCGAGUUCUGGGGUGAACAGAUCGACACAAACACGAAGCAACUCGAAAUUGUGGACAGCCGUUGCCGUGACAGUCACAUCAAUGCGCAGGGCUCGAUCAAAGAACUCAGUGAUCUCAUGAUGACAGACAUCAAGGAACGGAGGAGGUUCAGACAUUCCCUGGAAGAAAAAGGUCUGAUUCAAAUCACCUGA